AGCAGAUGCGACCCGCUCUACCUGCCAGAACCUAACUGCAUACCACCCACCAGCUGCCCAUAGCCGCGUCUGUAGCCGUAAGCUUUCUUCAGCAACACCAUGGAUGUCGAUGAUGACAACACGACGCAGGCUGUAGAGGCGCCGAAGCCAGAGGUGGAACCGACGACUCCAGCCCCUGCAGAUGGGCCCACAACAUUUCCUACAGGGGCCAUCGUCUGGUCCAAAAUGAAGGGACACUCCUGGUGGCCUUCUAGGAUCGAAGACGAGCAUGAUUUGCCGGAGGACGUGUUGAGGGAGAAGGCACCCAAGUCGAUCCCCGUGUUCUUUUUUGGUUCGCGAAACUACGGAUGGAUCGCCCCCGACCAAUUGAGAGACUUCCACGAGCACAAAGACGAACUUGGAAGAAAGAAGAAAAUGGCUAUGUUCCACCGAGCGAUGGGAGAAGCUGAAGAUCCGGAACGUGUGGUUCGGGAGGUGGCAGAGGCACGAGCGCGCCAUGCGGCCGCCGCCAUUGAAACGAAAGCGAAAACUCCUAGCAGGCGUAAAUCAUCUGGUGGGGACCCUGUAAGCCACAAGAAGAAGCGAAAGUCGGAGGCACCAGAGACGCCAAGUGAGAGUGUUGGCAAGAGAAAGCGAACCGAAGGAAGUUCCGCCAAGAGAGCGAAGAGCCGAAAUGUGGCGGAUUCUGGUGAUGACGAUGAGCCCAAGUCCGAGCGAAAGCGUAGAAAGCGCGUCAAAGGCGACGGAUCGGGAGACGAGUCGGAGGGAACAAGAAAACACCACAAGAAGGCUGAUAAUGAAGAAUACGCUAAGGAGAAGGCUCUCAAGAGGUUACUCAAGAUCAGGCAAAAGCUGCAGACAUUCAUGAAGAAGAUCAAGGCAGAGCCUGAAACAGUCGAGGACGACGAGUACCAGGCUGUUGCUGAUCUGAUCGGGGAGCUCGACGAGUUUCCUUUGACCUUACCGCUCAUCAAGGAAAGCAAGGCGGGCAAAGUCGUUAAGCACGUUACCAAGCUGCAUAUUCCCGAGGACAAGUACCAAAUUGUCUCCAAAUCAUUGGAACUGAUGAACAAGCUCAGAACCCAGUUCAACUUGGAGUCAACCGAUGCGCCCGCUUCCGCUUCCGGUGAUGGCCCUGGCGAAGAAGGCGACGACUCGAAAGUAAACGGAGACCAUGCAGAGGAACCCAAGCCAGCAUCUGAUGAGAGGGAAAACGAGGGAACGGCCAUGGACAUUGCACAAGACGCCAAAAGCCCGAAAAAGGCCAACCCACAAUCACCAAAGACGCAGGACCACCCUGAGUCUCCCGCCACCGGCUCGCCCAACAAACAGCGAAUCACCCUCCCUCCAUCCCCAACAAAGUCCGCCACCGCAGCAGCGUCCCCAACCAAACCGGCCUCCGCGUCCCCAACCAAAGCGCACGCCCCUGCCUCCCCUACAAAGCCCGCUACCUCACCCGUAAAUGCCCCCGCGUCGCCCGUCAAACAGGCGUCGUCCCCAAUUAAGCCUGCAACGUCCCCGGUCAAACCGUCUGCCGCAAGUCCGGUCAAGCAACCCCAUCACCCGGCCGCUGAUGAGCAGGACAAGAUGGAUGUGGACGCCAACCCUGUCGCAUCGGCGGUCACGACGGAGGACUCUGCGUCGGGCAUCUGAAGAGAUAGGAAUGUAAGAGUGGUGAUAACAUCUUUGGUGGUUGAUGGGAUGGCGCUUUCCGCUCUGUGAUAAUAUGCCAGGGCGUUAUAGCGAUGUGGGGUCGAUGUGGGGGAUGGUGCGCCGGAAGCGGGAUGCAAAACCGACCACCGGAGACUUUGGGAUGGCAGAGCUUUUGCGUUGAUAAGGUUUUGUGGCCUUUGCCCCCUUUUUUUGUUGCAUUUUGAGGGUUUCUUUGAUUCGGGCGGUGAGGAAAGAGGGGGAAGCGCGAGUAGGAGGGCAUGUAUGCCUGGGGGAUGUAUUUUCUUUUACUUGCGAGGCUGGGUCUCUGAGGUGCCCGCCCCUUCUGUAAUUUGCGAGAUGGAAGCAGAAAGAUGUGAAUUUGAUGUGAUUUCAUGACCAUACGGUAUGGUUCAUCGCCUUUUUGUUUGGGCGUGCAAGAUAGGAAACGGG